ACACAUACCCAGGUGAGCAAUGACACCUCAAAGGCUCAAACCCGUGUAGGUUAUAACAAGCAAACAUGCAUUUAGCGCUUUCAAUGGAGGAGAAUUCAACUCCAUGCAACAAAAACAAACCCCCAACAAUGGCUAAACUCAAUUCUCGUAGCACCAACCAAUUUUUUUACCAACGCAACUUCUCUCUUUCUCUCUCCCAUAUAUCCCCUGUCUCUCUUCAUUUCAAACCUCAACACCCCAUAUCUUUCUAAAGCAAACCCAAGUGUACAUAAACAAAUAAAAACCAGAAAACCAAAAAAAAGAAGUCCUCUUUGGUCUCUCCUCCCUCCCUCCAUGGUGGUUUGAUCGAUCGGUGCUGACAUUUGAUGCCCAAAAUGUGUCGCUAAUGAGAAGAUAGUGAUGAGGAGCAGAUAAAAAAAACAUCGAUCGAUCUGGGAACAAAUAAAAGAAAUGGAGGUGCAGAGGAUGAGACAGUUGAUGUUACUUUGGUCUAGAAUGCAAAGUACCCGUGUAGCCCUCGUGGGUGGAAACCACACAGCCGCCAGGUUUUGUACUCGCUAAUCUGUUUUGAACCAUCCCCUUUUCCUCCCUCUCCCUCUCACCGUACUUUUAUCAAACAUCUUCUCUGCACUGUAAUAACCACAGCUUUCCUUACAAAAGCGAUCUCUUUUUGCAUCAUUUGAUUCGUGAAAACGUACAAGUAGUCUGCUUUCACAUGGGAACAAUCCAUUUCGAUGAAGGGUUUCAACCCAAUUGCCUCAAGAAGUACUACAAACCUUUGUAUUACAAUGGCCUUCAGUUUCAGACUGAUACGUAUUUGAUCAUCCAACUUCCUGAUUCGGGUGCUUUGAGGAUUCUUGCGAGAUCCAUGAUUUUGGCUUUGAUUUUCAUUUCGUUGCCCUGGUUAGGCAGUUCUACAAUGUUUGCGCCAACCUUUUCUGGAUCUGAGAUUGCCACCGAUUCCAUCAAUGUUGAAUUCUUGCCAUUACUCUUCCGUGAUUUAACAAAUGAAGGCCUAAUUCAAGCAGGAUCAAAAGCUGUUUUCUUAAGCAAUGGUGAUCAACAGAAUGAGAUUUACACUUCUGGGAUGCUCGAUGGACAAGACAUGAUCCACUCGAAUGUUAUCUCUGUUAAUGAUUUGGGGCAACAAAAUGGUGUCCCUGAAGAAUUCUUCGACAUUGUCAUCACAAGCAGCUUCCAUGUUGCCACUGAAUUCAUCGAUAGGACUCUCAAAGUAGGCGGCGUCGCCAUUGUUCAACUAAGCAAAAAUCCGUCCUUUGCAUUCAACAAGCCAUCGAAUUACAAAAUUGUUUAUCUUAGACAUUAUAGUUCAGUCAUCUUGGCCAUGAAGAAAACAAGUAAUGCUCAAGCUGGUUCGUCCACACAUAGGCGGCUCCUUGCCUAUUCAUCUGAGGCAAGAAAGGCAGCAUUGAAGAACCUAGAAGACGUGCUCCUUGAACCCCCAAGGGCGGCCUCAGGCAAGUCAAGCAGAUACUUGAAGAAAACAAGGUACCUACCAGACUUAACUGGCGAUACCCUAGAGAACUACCCACGCCGGGUGUUCAUCGACGUGGGAUUGCCAGAGAAAGCAGGGGGCAGUGGCACCGGAUGGUUUGCGAAGAACUAUCCGACAAGGAAUCUUGAUUUUGAGAUAUACAAGAUAGAGACUGUGACCGAGGAAUCUUCAGGGAAGGAGGUACCACAAGUGGCAGAGGUUGGGAUGUCAGACUGGUUAAGAAAGAAUGUGAAGGAUGAAGAUUAUGUGGUGAUGAAGGGAGAAGCAGAAGUAGUAGAGGAGAUGAUGAAGAGUAAGGCGAUAACGUUGGUGGAUGAGCUUUUCAUGGAAUGCAAGCCACAAAAGAAUGCAGGAAGGAAGGGGACUGGAAGGGCUUAUUGGGAGUGUUUGGCUUUGUAUGGAAAGUUGAGGGAUGAAGGAAUUGCAGUGCACCAAUGGUGGGGUUGAGAGAGAGAGAGAGAGGAUAUCAUAGAAAGUAAUUAUGGGGUUAAGACUUAAGAGUCUCUUUAUUGAUCAUUUCAUCAAUUAUUUUCUCAAUUUGUUUUAUUUUGUUUGUGUGGUUUUAAUUUCAUUAUGGGGUGUUCUAAAGUCGUACAUUUUGAGCUUAGAAGAAGAAGAAGAAGGGGGGAAUUAUGAGGAAGACAAUGAUGAUUUCAGAGAGAAUUGGGGGGGUGUUCCACUUGUUAUAUAUAAACAUCGUUUGCUUCUUUCUUUAAUUCAUAAUGUUUUUUAUGUUUGUGUUUUCUGUAAUCAAAAGAAAAUUGAUA